GCCGGCCCGGCCCAGGGAGGAUUUCCCGUGGCUUGGCCCUUCGGCGACGAGUUGGGUGAUUGAGACUUCUAGCCAGUCGUGACAGUAGCUGCUGUUUUCCCAAGGCUUUUGCUAGUCCUGAGUGCGCUGGCAUAGCCUGUCCCUGGCUGCAGGAGAAGAAAGAUCUGUGGUCAGGAGUUAACAGGCGGCAGUCAGUUUCCAGAGCACUUUCACCAUUGCAGUCUUUGCAAAGUCCUUGUGUUACUGGGACGCAGACCUGCCCACUCCGACUCUCCUUCUAGGUAGCCUUGUCUACACCGAAAGAUGCCCAAGGUUGACAACAAGGGCAUCUGAGCCAGUGUUGAAUGUGGUUUGAACAGCAAGUGUAACCAGGACAAGCUGGUUUGGAAACUGGGGUUCAAACCAGCUCGGCGCGCUCAGUCCAGUAAUCAGAAGCCUUGCUCUGCCUGACACACGUGGCCAGAGCAUGUUAAACAGAACAUGGCACACUCCCCUUACUGGCACCCAGCUCCCCACCCUGCUGAUGUUUUGGGAUGAGGAGAGGUAAACUAGCCCAGAAUUGGCAGAGCAGGCAGUGGGGUCAGGGGAAGCUGGCAGCAGAUAUGAGGCUGUUGGGGGAGAAGGAGAAAAAUCCUAAAUACCCAACGCUCCCAUUUCAUGCAAGAAGCUGAACAAGACCCGUCCUUACACUUGACCUAUAUGGCCUGAAUGGGUACUGUUGGGGUCACUGACACCAGAGGAAACAGGCUUAAAAAACCUGCAUCCUUCGUUAUGGAUCAUUUACUGUAUUGGUGGAGAACGGGUGUUUCCUGUCUGAGGAGAAUGAACCAAAUACCCUGGAGUGACGCUCUCUGCAUGGUAGAGCAGAGCCCUGGUGUAGUCUUGCUGUAAAAAGAAAACUGGGUUGUUUCAAACCCUAAAUGUGAAUGGAAAUAUUGUCGCCUGUUUUUUUUUUUAUUUCUGAAAUGAUAUUUUGCCAGGCCCAUGCACUGGAGAAAUUCAUCCUGACCAGCUGCUGCAGGAGAGCUAGAAAGUGAAACCGACUAGUUUCAUUGCCCCAAAUGCAGAAUGUGCAAAAAGCAAACGGGGUCUGUGGUGUCAAAUACAUUUCCUGUUUCACUGAGACACUUGAGAAACUCGCUCAGUAAGGCCUGGUCAAAACACUAGUUUUGUACUGGUGUAACUAUGUCAGUUAGAGAUAUGAUGUUUUUACCUAAGUAGUUAGGCUAGUACAUAAUCUACUGUGGGCACAGAGUACAGGAGUACCUAUAGUGGUCUAAAGCAUUGUUAUACCAAUAUGACUGUGGUCGCACUUGGGGGUGUUCUCAUGCUUUAAUUAAACUGGUGUAGUUAAAGCGACACAACUUUCUGUUGUAGAUAAGGCUUAACUGUGUGCAAUGCCAUGAAAGCCCUGGAUUAUCUCAACUGUGCUAUCAUUGUGGCUGCUGUCCAGUAUUGCACAACUCCAGGAAACUAGGUGAACAGCGCGAGAUAACAACUGAUGCAAUAGAUUAUGAAUCAACCGUUGUGCUGUCUUCGUAACUUGUCCUUCUGGGUUCUCUCUCCUGGUUUCCCACAUCACUGCCUUGCACAAAGAACAAAACCUGUACUUUCGUCUAAAAAAUUGCUUGUAUUUUGGUCUAAAGCAAACAGAAGCAAGAAGGAACAAAAGCUAAGUUUAUUUUGGAGCGUGGACUGUGUUCAUCUCUUCUGUUAUAGGCUGUAGCAACUCUGGGAACAGAAUGGGGGAUCUCUGCAGACAGGCAGAGUGCUUAGAGAUAUAAAGGUGCAAGUACACACAAAAAAUGCAUCACUGAUUCAUAGCUACAUAUACUAGACUUGUUUCAUCAGACUGAUUGGUCCAUUUUGGCUUAUUGGAGCCUUAUUCAGUGCCAGUCAUGGGGACAUAGUUACAUGCAAGUCUUAUGGCUGCAUAUUAUCGAAGUGAACCGAAGAGCUAGAAAAACAGGACUACCAGUUGUGGCGCCUGUCUCUGAAGCGCUGUGACAAUAUUGAUGCACGUCGGUGCCAAAAUGGAAGAAAAGCCCCAAGCAGGAAGUAGCAUCCUGCAUGCAUUGACGCACAUGUUUGUUUGCAGCAGACACUGAAACUCGCGUCAGAAUGGAUUUCAUUUCCACAGCUCAAAGCCAGCGACUCCCACUCAGAAACCUCACCAUGUAGGGGUUAGUGCUGACGCAGCAGGAAGGUCUCCAAGGCAGGUUCCCUGGGUCCUUGUCUCCUCCCCCAGGAUGCUGAGGGCAGCCCUGUGUGCCGUCUUUCUCUUAGGCGCCCUUCCAUCAUUGGCCAAGGAGUCCCGAGGGCAUGUCUCAGUCGUCUUGCUGGGAGCCACGGGGGACCUGGCCAAGAAGUACUUGUGGGAGGGGCUGUUCCACCUCUACCUGGACCAGGUGAGCAGCGGCCACAGCUUCACUUUCCACGGGGCUGCGCUGACGGCGCACGAGCCAGGGCAGAGUCUGAUGUUUGAGGUGCUGAAGAAGCUGGCCUGCCCGUCGGACGUGUCCCCCGACAGGUGCGCUGUGGUCAAAGACCAGUUCCUCAAGCUGAGCCGGUAUCACCAGCUGAAGACGUCCGACAACUACACUGCCCUGAAUCGGGAGAUUGAGACCCUGCUCCAGCAGGAGGGGCUGGAGGAAGCCGGCAGGAUCUUCUACUUCUCGGUGCCGCCCUUCGCCUACGCGGAGAUCGCCCGCCACAUCAAUGGUAGCUGCAGGCCUGGCCCCGGAGCCUGGCUGCGGGUGGUGCUGGAGAAGCCUUUUGGCCAUGACCUCAAGUCAGCCCAGCAGCUGGCCAUCGAGCUGAGGACUUUCUUCCGGGAAGAGGAGAUGUACCGGGUGGAUCACUACCUUGGCAAACAGGCUGUGGCCCACAUCCUGCCUUUCCGAGACCAGAACCGACGGUUUCUGGACCCAAUCUGGAACCGGCAUCAUGUGGAGAGAGUAGAGAUUGUCCUGAAGGAGACUCUGGAUGCUAAAGGCCGCACCAGCUUCUAUGAGCAGUACGGUGUCAUCCGCGACGUGCUCCAGAACCACCUCACCGAGGUCCUGAUGUAUCUCGCCAUGGAGCUGCCGGCCAACAUCAGCAGCACUGAAGACGUUCUCCGGCGCAAGCUGCAGACCUUCAAGGCAUUGCAGGGCCCGGAGAGCACCAGCGCGGUGCUGGGUCAAUACCAGGCCUACGCCAGCCAGGUGCGGGAGGAGCUGCAGAAGGCGCAGGACUACGUCAGCACGACGCCGACCUUUGCAGGUGUGUUGAUUCAGCUAGACAGCCUGCGGUGGGAGGGAGUCCCCUUCCUCCUCACCUCUGGCAAAGCCCUGGACGAGCGGGUAGGCUACGUCCGCGUCCUCUUCAAGAACCGGGCCUACUGCACCCAGCGCGAGAGCCUGAGGGAGGCGGGGCAGAGCCAGUGUGGAGCCAAGCAGAUCAUCUUCUACAUCGGGCACGGGGAGCUGAGCUGUCCUGCUGUGCUGAUCAGCCGGAACCUCUUCAAGCCCAUCAUGCCAGAAGGCAGCUGGAAGGAGGUGGCGGAUCGCCCGCAGCUGCGCCUCUUUGGGCUCCCGCUGUCUGAUUACUAUGUGUACAGCCCCGUGAAGGAGAGAGAGGCUUAUUCUGUCCUCAUCUCCAGCAUCUUCCAUGGCAGGAAGGACUCCUUCAUCACCACUGAGAACCUGCUGGCGUCUUGGGAGUUCUGGACCCCACUGCUGGACAGCUUAACCCAGCAGGUCCCGCGCCUGUACCCGGGGGGCCUGGAGAACCAGCACCUCCUGGACUUUGAAAUGGUGGGCAGGGAGCUGUCCUUCACGCUGGAGGAGCCGGUGGAACUGCUGCACAUGGAUGGGCAAAAGCCGGGCGACUACAGAACCAUCCAGGCCAAGUUUCGGCAAAGCCCCUUGGUCUCGGCUUGGCCGGAGGAGCUGAUCGCCCGGUUGGCAUCGGACAUUGAGACGGCGGCGGCUGAGGCUGUGGCACGCUGCGGCGAGUUCCACCUGGCCCUAUCGGGCGGCUCGAGCCCCAUUGUCAUGUUCCGGCGGCUGGUGACCCACCACUACGGCUUCCCAUGGAGACACACCCACUUGUGGCUGGUGGACGAGCGCUGCGUGCCGCUCGCCGACCCGGAGUCCAACUUCCGCAGCUUGCAUGACCACCUCCUCCAGCACAUCCGGGUGCCCUACCUCAACAUCCACCCCAUGCCGGUGCACCUGAACCGGCGGCUGUGCGUGGAGGAGGACCGGGGGCCAGAGCUGUACGCCAAGGAGAUCGCAGCGCUAGUGAACAAUGCCAGCUUGGACUUUGUGCUGCUGGGGCUGGGCUCCGACGGGCACACAGCCUCGCUCUUCCCGCGUUCAUCCAGCGGCCUCGAAGGGGCCCAGACGGUGGUGCUCACGGAGAGCCCCGUCAAACCCCACCAGAGGAUGAGCCUCAGCCUGCCUCUCAUCAACAAAGCCAGGCAGGUGGCCGUGCUGGUGAUGGGGAAGGGGAAGCAUGAAAUCACAACCCAGAUGAGUAGAGUGGGGCAGGAGCCCAGAAAGUGGCCUAUUUCAGGGGUCAACCCCAGCUCUGGCCAGCUGGUGUGGUACAUGGAUUAUGACGCUUUGCUUGGAUGAUCUCUUGGUUUAUCCUCCCCUCACGCCUGUCCCAUUGCCCCCUGGAGCCCUGAUUUUCCAACACUGCACACAGGCUCCUGUGUUUACAAUAACAGCUUCUGCUCUGAACAGUCCCUCUAACUUUUGUGAAGAUCCAUUGGCUGUAACGGCUCUGUCAUCUGAGCUUAGAAAGGGGGGCGGCUCAGCGCUCAGAGAUCAGCGUUGUAUUCCUGACUUUACCCCUGACUGCUUCUGGGACCUUGGGCAAGCCACGUCGCUGCUCUGUGCCUCAGUUUCCCCCAUACCCUAUGGGGUUAAUAAUACCUACCUACCUCGCAGGAGCCAUCCGAGACCACUCUGAUUAAUUGCCUGCAGAGCUCUUCAGGAUUCUCAGAGGAGAGGAGCAGAGAGAAGCGCAGUGUUACUGGCUGCUAAUGUUCACCUCUGAUCAGACAGGCUGACAAAAGCAUUUUCACAGUGGCCAGAGGCCCAGUCACAGUCCCAUUCAGAUUGUGCUCUAGUCCCGUAUGUGCCAACCCUUUACUUCAGCAAAAUACUGACCAUUUUCCCACUCUCUUCCUCUAUGGAGCUCUCCUAGGGCUGGUCUACACUGGGGGGGAUCGAUCUAAGAUACGCAACUUCAGCUACGAGAAUA